UGCAGUGAAAUACCAGGGCGAUAUUUGCCAGAUGCUCCUGACUUCUAAACGAUUUUGUUUUUUUCGUUGAGCCAAAUUUGCAGAGGUAGUCUUUUUUUUUUUACGAUAGAAGGCUCGUAUACACAACAUAAUGAUGGCAUUUACUGAGUUAUUAGACUGGACCACUUUACGGUCGAUCAUCAUCUUUCUGGUAGUGUUUCUGCUUGGAUUGUACUGGAUCCGUCGGCCUAGAAAUUUGCCUCCGGGGCCCCUUGGUGUGCCCUUUUUCGGCAGCGUGCUAGCUCUUCGCAAUGCACCGGCUCAUGUUGUGUUUACUGAUUGGUCUAAGAUCUAUGGAGAUGUCUUCAGUGUUCGGAUGGGUUUUAAGCUCUUUAUUGUUUUGAAUGAUAUUGGUUGCAUUAAAAGAGCCCUGCAUAAUCAAGCCGAUGUCUUCUCAUACAGAAUUCUCUCCAACACAGCCAAAAUGACUGGAGUUAAAGGCAGCUUUGUUUUUGAAAACGGGGCCAUUUGGAAGGAGCGUCGCCGGUUCGGGCUUGCAGCUCUCCGAAGCUUUGGCAUGGGAAAGAGAAGUGCUGAACAGUCCAUUAAUGAAGAAUCUCGCUACCUUCUAGAUUGCUUUGCUGCUCAAGAAGGAAAACCAUUUGAUCCCACGGACCUAGUCCACAAUGCUGUCUCAAACAUCAUUUGUAAGAUCUGCUUCGGCUACAGAUUUGACUACUCGGAUGAAAAGUUUGCACAGCUUCUUGCCAGGAUAAGGAAACAGUUUAUCUUCACUGCAACUUGUUUAGGCAACUCUAUACCUUGGUUGAUCCACACACCGCUUUACUCGCACGCAAAAGAAAACAUCAGGAGCCUCAAGAAAUCUAUAGAUGAAAUCAUUCAGGACCAUCGAGAAUCGUACGAUAAGAAUGAUAUCCGGGACAUUAUUGACAUGCAUUUUGCCGAGGUAGAAAAGCGGGAAAACCGCGGCAAAGAUAACGAUCUGUUCGGGAAAGACAACUUCAAUGAUGAAACCUUGGGGCGUGGUUUAUACGAUUUCUUCGCUGCUGGAUCAGACACCUCUUCCAACUCUCUGCUAUGGUUGUUGAUGUACAUGGCACUCCACCAAGACAUACAGAAGAAGGUUCAAACUGAGAUUGAUGACGUCAUUGGAGGUAGCCGCCAGCCCUCAUCAUCCGACUGCCCCAACUUGCCUUUUACAAAUGCCGCCAUUUUGGAAAUUCAACGGAUCCGGCCCGUCGGUCCGUUGGGCUUGCCUCGGCAUACCAAAGACCAAACCACGCUGGAUGGACAUACGCUUCCAAAACAUACAUGCGUGUUGAUCAACGUUUGGGCAGUGCAUCAUGAUCCUGCUACGUGGACAGAGCCAGAGAAAUACAACCCGAGUCGAUUCCUUUCUGCUGAUCGAAAAAGUGUCAUUCAUCAUGAUUCACUCAUCCCAUUUGGUACAGGUCGCCGCUCUUGCUUGGGUGAGAACCUCGCUAAAGUGGAAAUGUUCCUCUUCUCCGUGAACAUUCUCCAACAAUUUACAGUCUCGUUCCCAGAGGGUAAACCGACCCCCUCACAGGACGGAGUGGCAGGGUUGGUACUCUCUCCCGGUCCGUUUGAACUUUGUUUCACUAGGCGUUCGUAAAUUGGGCAAUGGUGUCCUCUUAGUUUGGGGGUAAAAGUGGUGGGGGCUGGGACAAAAGAACUAGUGGGGUCAAAUCUAGUGUCCAACACAUCAAUAAUGUUAGCUUAGCGUGGGGGAAACGUUAAUUAUGUAAACUAAGUUUGUUGUAAAAUAUAGUAAGUGGUGUUCGAAACGUCAAAGCCAUAACGAAUACGCAGCAAGUUAAAUUGUUGAUGGGUGGGCCUACCUAAUAAUGAUUUGUUCACAUUUUUCACUUUCAGUGUAAAUUUAUCAUAACUCUAUUUCGCAGUCCAAUAAUAACCAACAAUUAAUUGUUGUGUACCGGUAGGCCAAGUUCAUGAUUUUAUUGUUAAGUUCCGACCACCCAGUACAAUCCUUUUUGUCUCUGUCAGUCCAUGGUCAGUCAGAGCUCUGAUUUUAUUGUCAAAGUCAUUAAAUGUUUUGUGGUAAGAAUUAAUUAAUUUUAUACAAGCUUAUGGCAACAAUUUUAAUAAGAUCGGCCUGCAAUUGCCGAGGCCUAUAUACAAAAAAAAAAUGCGAAUAAAUCAAUAGUACUUACAACUUUAACCAAUGAGCCGGUUCUUCCCUGUAAGGGGCAAAACCACCAAGCCAAGUCCAAAUAUUUCAAGGGAUGUUUACUAAUAAUAUUAUCGUCAUCGUUUAGAACGCGUAAGUUUGAUUUAAAUCUGUGAUCUUGGACGAUUGUUUCCUUACCAAUUCUGUAUGUUCCUUAAAUGCUGUGUAGUGUAGGAAUGAAAAGUAAUACAUUGUAUAAAUAAAAUAAUUAUAUGUUACUAUACAAUCACACAGGUAACAUAUAGCGAAAAUGUUUUCUCAAACUUGCAGGAUGGUAAAUAAUAAGUAUUUUUGAAAUAUUUCUUUUGAUUACAAUGUGCAUGGUGAUGCUUUGACCCAGUGGCUAAUUUAACAGAUUGGUUUUUGAGAAAUGGUUUGUUGAAAUAAGGGCUUUCUAACAUUGAAUAAUCAAUGUGUUUUAAAAUGAAAAGGUUAGAGAUUAGUAUGUUUAAGAAAUCUAAUAUGAUAUAAAAAGUGUAUAAACUAAUUAUUGUAAUUUAGGAGACAUGUUGUCUUGUAGAGUUUUAGUCAAAAGAUAAAGAGGAUGUAGCGGUUUGGGUAAAUCUGGAGGUUACAGGGUUACUUGAAUCAAGGCUACUGACAGCGCGCUCUUUUGAAUGACCCUCCUCCAGCACGUGUUCCCAUUUGGGGGACAGAAAAAUAUACGAGCGUGAUUGGCUUAUGGGCACGUCGGGCUUGAAAGAUGAGCUAGAACUAUGAUUAUGUUCGAGAGGUGUCCGUUUAGGAAUGAUACAAAAGUCUGGGUGUGUAUAUCUUAAAACCUGGUACUGUUGGUAUAUUCUUUCCAGUGCGUUUUAACAAUAGAACCCCGAGUCAUGCGGGACCAUGGUGUGACAGAGGUUACUGAAUAUUCAUGAUCCUUAAGUUGUUAUGCCAUAUUCCUUUUCUUUGUUGUGUCUGUUGACGCUGUUUUGACGCUCGUUUGAACCAUGUGACAAGGAGCCCGCGAACCGGUUUCAAAACCGUGUGCUUAUACCGCAGAUUGUGCAGCCAGUCCUAGUUAGAUUUUGCGAGAGAUUUUAAUAUCAAAGAGUGAUUUGACCAAGCUGGGGACAUCCAAUAGGCAGACCACACCAUCUUAGUGAUUGUAAGUACACAUAUCUUCAUUGUCCAUGUUUUAUGACUCCUGUUUUUGUGUAAAAAUAAUACAUUUGUGUGUUGAAAAAGGAGGUGAACCUCGGACCGACCGUAUUGCUAAUAGGCAUAUAGAGUGACGAGUGUAUUAUUGUUCCCAUCUAAACUACAUAGCGAGUCUGUCUAAAUGGCAGUUUUGUAAAACGUAUCUGUUUGUGUGUGAAAAGUAGCUGUGAAUAACUCGCCAUUUGUCAACGUUAACCUUGUCCAAAUCAAACGAGAAUUCAGUUUUCAAGAAUAAAAAAGAUUAACAAUUUCAAGGAAAAUAUACCUUGGAAAAAGAUGCAGUGAAAAUGUGAAAAACUUAAUUUACUUUUGCGUUUUUGGGAAGAUAUUGACGCGUCUAAAUUUCUUAACGUCUAUUUGUCAUCGCCACAAGAAGUAAAUUCUCAAGAAUACUGGAGGAUGCUCUUUCUUUUGAAAUAAUGCAAUAAACCAAAGUAAAUGCUGUAGAAUUUUGAAAUAAUGCAAUCAACCAAAGUAAAUGCUGUAGAAUUAUGAAACAAUGCAAUCAACCAAAGUAAAUGGUCUAUAAUUUUGUCAGCUUUCCGAUAGUACAAUUUUGUAACAAUUCACGUGAAUAAAAUGCGAGUUUUGCCAAAUUUUUCGAACACCUGAA